GAAAUUAUUAGGCCGUUGGGUAUUCCUUUUUUAGUUUUUAUAUAAACCCAGAGAUAUAUGCAGAGGCGGCUCCACAUAAAUCACAGUCUCGAAAAUCUUGAAAAUAUCUUCGCUAAAUCUCGACUUAGAAAUGGCGAGUAUCGUAGAUCCAGCUCCGACGAAGAAGCCAAGGAACAGCAGAAAGGCGUUGAAGCAGAAGAAUGAGAUCGUCGAGACGCCGUUGUCGCCUGUCUCUGCCAAGGAGAAAUCAGCCAAGUCGUUCGAAAAAGAUCUGAUUGAGAUGCAGGCGAUGUUGGAGAAAAUGAAGAUCGAGAAGGAUAAGACGGAGGAGUUGCUUAAGGAGAAGGACGAGAUCCUCAGGAAGAAGGAGGAGGAGCUAGAGACGAGAGAUGCUGAGCAGGGAAAGCUUAAGGUGGAGCUGAAGAAACUUCAGAAGAUGAAGGAAUUCAAACCUAGCAUGGCUUUCGUUUGCGGUCAAUCUCUCACACAGGCUGAGCAAGAGAAGCUGAAUAAGAAGAAGAAAAAGGAUUGUCCUGAGACAAAACGACCGUCGACAUCAUACAUUCUGUGGUGUAAGGAGCAAUGGAAUGAAGUCAAGAAGCAAAACCCUGAGGCUGGCUUCAAGGAGACUUCGAACAUCCUGGGUGCUAAAUGGAAAUCUCUUAGUGCAGAAGAGAAGAAGCCUUACGAGGAGAAGUACCAGGUUGAGAAGGAAGCUUACCUCCAGGUCAUUGCUAAACAGAAGCGCGAGAAGGAGGCCAUGAAGCUUCUGGAUGAUGAGCAGAAGCAGAAAACUGCAAUGGAUUUACUUGAUCAGUAUCUCCAGUUCGUGCAGGAAGCUGAACAAGACACCAAGAAGAAGACCAAGAAGCAGAAGGAUCCUCUGAAGCCAAAACAUCCCAUUUCUGCCUUCCUGGUUUAUGCUAACGAGAGGAGAGCUGCUCUACGCGGAGAGAACAAGAACGUUGUGGAGGUCGCAAAGAUGACCGGAGAAGAGUGGAAGAAGCUGUCAGAUGAACAAAAAGCACCCUACGAAGAGGUGUCAAAGAAGAACAAGGAGAUAUACCUUCAAGCAAUGGAGGAAUACAAGAGGACAAAGGAAGAAGAAGCCAUGAGCCAGAAGAAAGAAGAAGAGGAACUCAUGAAACUCCAUAAACAGGAAGCUCUCCAACUGCUCAAGAAGAAGGAGAAAACUGAUAAUCUGAUCAAGAAGAAGAAAGAGACCAAGAAGAAGAAGAACGAAAACGUUGACCCUAACAAACUCAAGAAGCCAGCUUCUUCAUUUUUACUCUUCAGCAAAGACGUAAGGAAGACUUUGACAGAAGAACGUCCCGGGACAAGCAACUCGACAAUUACCGCUUUGAUCUCAGUGAAGUGGAAGGAAUUGAGUGAAGAAGAGAAGCAAGUUUACAACAAAAAAGCUGCAAAAUCUAUGGAAGCAUACAAGAAGGAACUGGAAGAUUACAACAAGAAGUCUGUGGCUACUACCUCUAGCUAGAAAAAAUCUCUUAGUUUUGUAAUAUGUUCAAAUCCUGUUGAACAUACCUUAUGCUUUGUUAGACUCAAUUUACUUUCUUAACCAAGAAAAAA